UUUACUACUCCCUCCAUCUUUACGAAGCUACCACAGACUUGCUUGGACCGCGGCAGUUUUUUUUUCUCCUUUUGACAGCGGAAAUGAGCAGUAGCCUCUUUUUUUCCGCGUCAAGUUCAUGGCUGAAAGUUUCUUUUCCUAUUUUUUCGCCGAGGUCCAGUCGCAUGCAGGCAACAUGAGCGAGAAAACAGCGACCUUUUCGGCGUACUGCUCUCGCUCGGAUGUCCACUUAUAAUAUCAUCUCUUCCGACGUCGCUUAGACUUACUUUUGAUACUUCUCAACACAUUUCCGUUAUGCGAAGUCCAACUUGGUGGUUAGUCGACGUGCUGCGGUGGGUGCCCGUCCGAGAUAAAGGAGAACAAGUGACUCUCAUCCAAUUUGGUUACUGCAAUGAAUGGUAACACUAUCCAUCCAGUCAACACCACUUUAGCGGAAGGUCCAAGUGUAGCAGCGCCCCCGAGAGGCUGGAGGGAGUUCUGCGAGCUACAUGCCUUUGCCACGGCCCGGCAACUGGCCGGACAUUACCGGAGUUUUGCUAGAGAACGUCCGCAACAUGACGUGGUCCCACCAGAAGCUUUUUCCAAGCAGUUCAGCGACCUUUUUCAGCAACACUUCUGCUGCGAAGUUGACAAGGAUAGCCUUCCAUUUAGCCCGAAUACACAAUGCUCUGCCAUUUUGGGCAGUGCUGCUUCCACAUCUUCUCUGGGCUCAGCUCUUCCAUCACACACCGUGAUCAGCCGAUUUCGUAUCACAAAUUCACCUGAAACACAGGACUAUCGAGAGGCAGGCCGCCCAAGUGGAGGAACGGCUCUGCUAUCACUCACACCAAAAGUGGAGUCAGUGGUGUGGAGUCGGGAGCAGGAACAGCCGUUGAGAUGUGCUGCAGGAAGCACCUUCACCGGAUCACGAAGUAUCAGUAGCACAACACCGCUGAUCCGUAGCCAUAGCAACGAAGAGAUCUCCACUACUGAUAGGCAUCAGGUGUCUGAGCAUUACUCCUCUGACUCAUUGGCAUCAAGCCCAGGACGUGCCAACGUCACUCAUUUCUCUUUCACCCAAAUCCAGCAGACUGUAAGACAUUUUUUUAAGAAAAGACCAAUUCUCAGCCCCCGCUCUUCUCAGGACCUGUCUCCUAGCAACCCCAACAACAACAACAAUCCCACAAUCCUUGGUGACAGAGUUAGUGGAAUUUCCUCCGCUACCGAGGGAGUGUCAUCUUCAUCCACCUCUUCCCUCUCGUCCUCCUGCCAGAACUUUGAGGUCACACCCCAAGCCAACUCACAACGGGCCGGAGUGUUCUGUCAGUUCCUCGAUGGAUUGAGCUGGUUACGCAGCAGGAGCAUGAGGCAAAGGAGGUCAGAAGUAAGGGGCUGCUGUAAGGAGGGCCAGCUCAAGUACUUGGUGGUGGAUGACACUAUCUCAGACUCUCAGCCCCACUGGCAACGGUGCCGCCUGCUGGUCAGGAGGAUCAGGGACUCUCCAAGUGGAGGCGUAAGAGGAGGCGAGAGAUAUCAGUUGGAGCUCUAUGAUCCUCCAAAGGCCUCCAGUCCAAAGCUGACAACUCACUGCUACGAUAUCCAAGAAGUCCGUCGCUGCAAUCGGCUGGAGAUGCCCGACAACAUCAACACGUUUGUUUUAAAGGUUAAUCGAGGUAGUCUGAUUUUUGAGACGGACAACGACCAGCAGGUCAGCUCCUGGACCACAGAGCUGAAAGAAUGUAUCAGCAACAGGCCAGCCAGUGUGAACGUGGAGCCCCCCCUCUCCCAAGCUGAAAGCUCUGCUCCCACAAACCACCGGAGGAGCUCCGAAUCAGGAAGUCCGAGUCCUGUUGUCUUCACUCUGCCAGAGCAAGCCCUCCAAAAGACAGACCACUUCCUGUUCUCUUACCCCUGGUUCCAUGGACCCAUCUCCCGCGUCAAGGCCGCCCACCUGGUCCAGAGCUGGGGCCCCCAGGGUCACGGGGUGUUCCUGGUUCGACAGAGUGAGACUCGACGGGGAGACUACGUCCUAACGUUUAACUACCAGGGAAAAGCGAAGCACCUGCGCCUCUCGCUGUCUGAGUGGGGUCAGUGCAGGGUGCAGCACCUGCGCUUCCCGUCCGUCAUGGACAUGCUCAGCCAUUUCCGCAUCUUCCCGAUCCCGCUGGAGUGCGGCGCCGCCUGUGCCGUCACGCUGUCCAGCUUUGUUGUGGCGGGCACCAGCCCCCCAUCGCAGGGUCAGCUUUCAGGCGCUCUGCUCGUCCCGUUCUCGCUCCACCGUUGGAGCUCGGAGCCCAGCCUGGCUCACUGCAGCCUGACCCGCAGCUCCAGCCAGCCCACCGCCGCCCGCUCCACCACACGCCCCAGCAACUCCACCCCCAGCUCCGUCCGCCAGCCGGAGCAUCGCCAGCUCCCUCCCGAACCGGCGCCCCCGCCUCUGAGACGGAGCGAAUCCGUGGGGAGGGGGCCCCUCCUCCGGAACACCAACUCCCACAAUCCCAUCCUUCCCCAGCGGGACUCGGACUACGAGCUGGAGCCCGACCGGGGCCGCAAGCGGGCAAUAGACAACCAGUACACCAUGAUGUGACCCGCCCAGUCCAGCAGCCUCCGUCUGAAGCAGUGUGUGCACGUCACCCCCCCCCCCCCCCCCCAACCUCAACAAGAGUGUCCACAGUGAAUGUAUUGCUGCAGUUUCCAGCUGUGUUGAGCUUCUGAUGUCAGACUGUCAGAGCCUGGAGCUGAGCAACCAGAACUCCUUCUGUUCUGCAGGGUUUCUCUGAGGUGUGCAGAAGAAAACAAAACAAAGUACUCUGACACAAAGUGUGCGCGUUUCUACACAACCACCAGCAACCCCCUUUGAGGUUGAUUACCUUUCUCUUCAUGCAUUAUCACCUAAAGUGCACGCUGCUUUCAGUGCACGUGUACACGUGUGGUGUACGUUUGUCAGUGCACCGCAUCUUUGGUUGAAGAGGAGUGGAGAAGAUGUAGUGAGGUCAGGUGGGAGGCCUUUGGAGCUGCAGAAGCAUUGUGACAGAAGCACAGCCCUUUUCUACUUUUGACCAGCUGCAUGGUGUGUGUUGAUGUGUGUGUGGAGCUGAGGGCUCAGGAAGACUGUGAGGCUGUGGGACGGCCCCUCCCUCAUUACUGAGCGAAGUGAUGCUUUUGUGCACAGCAGAACCUGACGUGGACUGAGGAACAUCUGGAGCAGAAGGGCUUCAAACAGCAGCCGGCUUGUGAUCACCGCAGGCUCCUCGCCGCCGGGAGUCGCUACACCUUUCUGGCUUUACGUUUUACAAUCAUAGCAUUAAUUUCUUUAUUAUUAUGACUUCACCACACGAGUCCUUUUGUUUCCAGGGAACAAAGACAGGGCUUUGAAGAUAAUGUUUUUACACUAUAUGUAUGCGUGUCUGUCAUUGAUCUGAUGUUUUUGUAACCCCAACACGGCCUGAAUCUCUGACCUGGAGCUCAGCGAUUCUGAAAAAGUACCUUUAACAAGUCUGACGCUGCAAAAGUCCCUUCAGGACGGCAGUUCCACGCUGUCGCCUGAGUCUGAAUUGGACAAAAAAAAUGAUGGGAUGUUCUAGUCGGCAGGCGUCAGUUUUCCAGCAGAGAAAGCUUCCCUUUCAGAAGCAGCUCGAUGCGUUCGGGUAACAAAAUGAAAUGAUCUCCUAACUUUGCUUUAACACUAACGUAAGCAGAAGACGUCCCGUUCACGCUCAAACCUGAUUCUGAUGUUGCAGUUUGUGUUGUUUGUUUUUUGGGGGGAAUCUGCAGCCUGAGUUCCUCCUGAACACGAUCAAAGUAAUCCGCUGCCUUAAAGUCAUCUUUUUCUACUAAAGUUUCCUUUUUUUUGGUUGUUUUUAUUAUGGACAAUGGUUGUUUUGUUCUCUUUACCGUCUUUAAAUGUUUUUGGCAAAAGUACGGCUGAUCCUCCAUCUAACCACAUAUUUUGCUCGUCUUUGAUUUCAGCUAAACGGUAACAAAAGCUGUUGUGCGCCCCCGUCUCCUCUCCUGUGCAGGACUUUUUUUUUUGUGGGGCUUUUGCCAGAACGCUGCUGUUGACUUUCCCCUUUUUCCAAAAGGCUCAGGGUGUAACUGUUGUGCAAUAAACGAGACGCCCCCGUGCUUCACGCCUGCUUCAGCUAAACCCAGACCGCUGUUCCAGAAAGCAGGGCUGCCACUGACCCCCCCGGCUAACAUCCAGACAUCAUCGCUGCGUACCUCUGCACCCCCUCCCCAUCCUUGUUUUUUUUACUUCUAAAUAUUGUCCAGUUGAAGAAUGUAAAUGUUCUCAAUACUGUUCAUCCUGUUUGUUACCUUCGCACUGUAAACAUUCCAGUUAGCCCCGCCCCCUCAGCCGAACCACAACAGCUUCUCAUUGGGUCUGCAUCCCUCCCAGUUAAAAGCAUCUAAAUUAUAUGAAAUAUAUCAACUGUAUAUUUUACCUUUCAUAAAUAAACUUUACCAAAAAGA